CCAAACUUAUCUAACAUCCUUUUCCCCCCCCCCACACCUUUUUCUCACUCACACAUCCACGGAACCGGCCCAUUUCUCCCCCCGACCCACAGCACCUGCUUCCUGCCUGUCAGCCUCGACCAAUCAGCUUGAGAGGACCAAGUAACCCCCUAACCAGCACUCGGUGACCCUUCCUUGGCGUUGACCAGACACUAGCGGUUAGGCGUCCUCGACAGCUUCUUAGGUAACGCCCUCUCACACCCCAGGCCUCAAGAUGAUGUGCGAGGUGAUGCCCACCAUCUCGGAGGACGGGCGCGGCGGAGGAGGCGGCUCGUCUUCCCCCGCCGGCGGCAGCGGAGGGAUGGGCGGAGGGAUCGCAGGCAUCGGGGGCUACAGCGGACGGGAGGCCCGCGGCGGCGGCGUAAGCGGAGGCGGCAGCGACGAGGGGGGCAGCACGGGCAACCUGGAGUCGCUGAUGGUGAACAUGCUGACGGAGAGGGAGAGGCUGCUGGAGAGCCUGAGGGAGACCCAGGACUGCCUCGGGACGGCACACCUACGCCUGAGGGAGCUGGGUCACGAGAAGGAGUCGCUUCAGAGGCAGCUGUCCAUCGCCCUGCCACAGGAAUUUGCAGUGCUGACCAAAGAGCUGAACCUCUGCCGGGAACAGCUGCUGGAGAGAGAGGAGGAGAUCGCAGAGCUGAAGGCCGAGAGGAACAACACACGACUGCUGCUCGAACAUCUGGAGUGCCUGGUGUCCCGCCACGAGCGCAGCCUGAGGAUGACCGUGGUGAAAAGGCAGGCGCAGUCUCCAGCAGGGGUCUCCAGCGAGGUGGAGGUUCUAAAGGCCCUCAAGUCCUUGUUCGAGCACCACAAAGCUCUGGACGAGAAGGUGAGGGAGAGGCUACGGGUGGCUUUGGAGCGAGUGGCGACCCUGGAAGAAGAGCUGCAGACCUCAUCUCAAGAGGUCGUGUCUUUGAGGGAUCAAAUCAAGCGACGGCAGCAGGGAUUAGACAACGGCAAAGAGCGGCUCCCGAAUGGACCGUCCUCCAUCUUGGACGACGGCGAAGUCGACAGGCAGCGAGAGAGCGAGAUCGAGCGUCAGAGGUCAGAGCUCGGGCAGCUGAAAGAAAGACUGGCUCUCAUGUGCCGACAGGUCGGGGAGAUCGAGGAGCAGCUGACGUCCGCCAGGAGGGAGCUGGCCCGAUCGGAAGAGGCCAACCAGAAACUCCAGAGGGAUGUGAAGGAGGCUCUCUGUCAAAGGGAAGACAUGGAGGAGAGGAUCACCACGUUAGAACGCAGGUACCUGAGCGCCCAGAGGGAGGCGACGUCUCUCCACGACAUAAAAGACAAGCUAGAGAACGAGCUGGCCAGCAAAGACUCCCUCUACAGACAGGGCGAGGAGAAGAACCGGCAGCUUCAGGAGCGUCUGGAUGAUGCCAAGCAGAAGCUGCAGCAGACUCUGCAGAGGGCCGAGACGCUGCCUGAGAUCGAAGCCCAGCUUGCACAGAGAGUGGCAGCACUCAACAAGGCUGAGGAGCGUCAUGGUAACUUUGAGGAGCGACUGCGACAGAUGGAGGCGCAACUGGAGGAGAAGAACCAGGAGCUACAGAGGGCGAGGCAGAGGGAGAGGAUGAACGAUGAACACAACAAGCGCCUCUCUGACACGGUGGACAAGCUUCUGUCAGAGUCCAAUGAGAGGCUGCAGCUCCAUCUGAAGGAGAGAAUGGCCGCCCUGGAGGAAAAGAACGCCCUGUCUGAAGAACUGUCCAACAUGAAGAAACUCCAGGAUGAUCUCUUAGCAAACAAGGACCAACUGAUAGCAGAGCUGGAAAGGCUUCAGCUGGAGUUAGAUCAGCUGAGAGCGAGGCCCGGGGGCUCCUAUUCCAGUCGCUCUCUGCCAGGUAGCGCUCUGGAGUUGAGGUAUUCCCACGGGGGCGGGUCCCUCCCGUCAGGCUCCACUACUCACCUGGACGCCUUCGGUAAUGCCUCCACGGGGGGCGUGGUCAGGCGGAGUCACCGGGCCCGUUGGAGCUCGGCCCGAGAGGACGCUACCAAGUACCCAGACUGGGACAGCGGGGCUCUGCUUGGGACCGGGUUCGAGCCAGGCCUCGAUGUGGGCUGCUCCGACGACGAGGACGACGGAGAGCAUCGACACGGCUCUGGGCUGCACUCUCCCAGCGGGCAGACGGACGUGCAGACACUGGCCAUCAUGCUGCAGGAACAGCUGGAGGCCAUUAAUAAGGAGAUCAAACUGAUCCAGGAGGAGAAGGAGAACACGGAGUUGAGAGCGGAAGAGAUCGAGAGCCGGGUCAGCGUGGCUUUGGACAGUCCGCCCCUCCCUCCGUCCACCCUGGGGAGAGACAGCACAGGCCGGGGGUUCAUCCCCUCGUCCAUCACUUCCUCCACCCUGGCCUCCCCCUCACCCCCGAGCUCCGGACACUCCACCCCUCGCCUGCCUCACUCCCCGGCCCGGGAGAACGACAGACAGAAUAGCAAAGAUGAUGAUCGGUCCCUCGCUCUCCUCGACUCUACACCUCCGCCCACUCCUCGCGCUCUGCGCUUGGACAGGAUGGCCCUCACCCACCCCGGAGCGAUGCUUGACGACCCCCGAGAGUUUCGCAGUCUCUCGGCAGAUGGGAGCAGCUCCAACAGCAGCCAAGAUUCUCUCCACAAGGCCAGCAAGAAGAAAAGCAUCAAGUCUUCCAUCGGUCGGCUGUUUGGGAAGAAGGAGAAAGGAAGGAUGGGCCAACCCGGGCGGGAUGGAUCGGCCUCUCUUGCCUCCACACCCUCUGAAGACAUGGCCUCUGGUGACCCAAUGGGGAUAAACAAGACUGGGACUCUGGGUCCAGCAGAUAAAGACCGCCGCAGCAAGAAGAAGCAUGAGCUCCUUGAGGAAGCAUGUCGCCAAGGACUUCCCUUUGCAUCUUGGGACGGCCCAACUGUUGUGUCCUGGUUGGAGCUGUGGGUGGGAAUGCCGGCCUGGUACGUCGCAGCCUGCCGCGCUAACGUGAAGAGCGGAGCCAUCAUGGCAAACCUGUCGGACACAGAGAUCCAGAGGGAGAUCGGCAUCAGUAACCCACUCCAUCGCCUCAAACUGCGACUGGCCAUCCAGGAGAUGGUGUCCCUCACGAGCCCCUCCGCCCCGGCCAGCACUCGCUCUUCAACCAGUAACGUGUGGAUGACCCACGCAGAGAUGGAGUCCCUAAACGCAGCCACCAAGCCUCCGGAGCUGAAGGAGUUCAGCUGGGAUCAGAUACUGGCCUACGGCGAUAUGAAUCAUGAGUGGGUGGGAAACGACUGGCUGCCCAGCCUCGGCCUGCCGCAGUAUCGCAGCUAUUUCAUGGAGUCCCUGGUGGAUGCUCGCAUGCUGGACCACUUGACGAAGAAGGAGCUGAGAGGACAGCUAAAGAUGGUGGACAGCUUCCACAGGGUCAGCUUGCAUUACGGCAUCAUGUGCCUGAAGCGUCUCAACUACGAUCGAAAGGAGCUGGAGAGGAGGCGAGAGGAGAGCGUCCACCAGAACAAAGAUGUGAUGGUCUGGUCCAACGAGCGUGUGAUGUGCUGGGUGCAGACUCUCGGCCUGAAGGAGUACGCCGACAACCUGCGUGAGAGCGGCGUCCACGGGGCUCUGUUAGCUCUGGACGACACCUUCGACUUCACUGACCUGGCCCUGCUGCUGCAGAUCCCCAAUCAGAGCAUACAGGCCAGACAGCUCCUGGAGCAAGAGUACAACUCCCUCAUCUCCAUGGGAACGGAGAGACGACCUGAUGAGGAUGGAACGAAGACGUUCACACGCUCGCCCUCCUGGAGGAAGAUGUUUAGGGAGAAGGACCUCCGGGGCGUGACCUCCGACUCCGCCGAGACCCUGCCUGCUAACUUCCGUGCCUCAGCCAUCGCCACGCCCUCCGUUACCCUGAGAAAGGUUCAGAGCGAUGCCAACUCUGGAGCCCGGGGUGAAUCUGCCUCAGUGAGGACGUACUCCUGUUGAAGGGCUGAGGGCGCUGACCGGAUUGGGACUGGAGGACCCUCUCGCUCGUCCACGGAGAAAGAAGCAAUGAAUAUAACCAUUAAACUACAAGAUAAACCUAUCGGCCUGACCAUCCUGCAAUAACAGAAGAUAAGAAAUAAGAUGGGGAAAGGACAUGAAGAAUGUAUGAAUGUAUUUUCUGAGGAAAGACUAGGGAGGUUGAAAAGGAUCAGCUGUUCUCUCUCUCUCUCUCUCUCUCUCUCUCUCUCUCUCUCUUUGGUGUGACUGUUUCGUGGGGUUAAUGGAGGACGCCGCCAAUGUUGGUUAGGUUUAAGCCAGUCGCGCCAGUUUCCUCUCUCUUCAUUCCUGUCUGCACACAGUCAGCACAGUUAGUAAUAUCAGGGCUCAUUUUCCUACCUUCAGAGGAAACCACUCGCUGCCAUUUACUCUCCCGUAAAACAACUCAACGUGUCGCCUUAAGACUUCUGCCUGACAACAGGUGUUUGUAAUGAGAGAGAAGUUAACCUCAGCGUAAAUGUUAGGGUGUUAAAAAAAACAAAAAAACAAGAGGAAUGGCUGGUAAAGUGGGAGUAAUGGCUGCAUGGAGGUAAACCGGUUUUAACCCUAAACAACACAGGCGACAUCCUUUCUACUCACGAGUCGGCUGGUGUCCAGUGUCGGCCAUUGUGGCUCUAUUCUUCUUCUAUGGGCCUGUCUGGGGCGUCUGAGUGCCCCCCCAAUUGGUCGAACACGUCCGGAUUCAGACCAACAUUUAGCUCCGGCCACAUCAGAGGGGGACCCUCCUCGUGCUUUGUCUAUUGGCACCUUGAAAGCCGAUAGGCAGCGUAAUCUCUUUUGAAGGGACGCCAUUAUAGAGAUCAAAGGCAGCGAGGUGGAGGGGACAGGGUGGAGCGAGGCCACAGGGGCAUUGUGUUUAGUACAUUUUAUGAUGUCGAAGGCAGGAACUCCAUACAGUUAGUGCCCGUACCACUUUCUGAAAAGACGCACUUGAAACGGAGUUUGUAGGUCCUCACUUUUGGAUUUAGGAGAUUAAAGUGUGUGGGGGGAAACAAGUUGGGUGAUGUCUUCUAUUUUGUUGGAAGACCAUUUCAAAAAAACUUACAGGGGUGUCUUCAAUCAAUUAUUUUUCAAAUGAGUUUGGACAUCCCAUAUGUCUGUUGUCUUCCCUGCAUCGACAAUGCUCUUUAGCUUAGCUAGUUGCCCUGAAGAUCUACAGGAUACUUCACUUUCAAAUAACAGUUGUUGAGCCAUCAGCUGUUUGGUAAACCAGCAACUGUAUUACAUGGAUUAUAAAUUAUUGGACUUCAAUUCAUUUUUUCUUCCUAAUGAGCUGCAGAGCUAGCUAAACACACACACAGAGAAUUAGAUUUUUUCACAAUCUUGCAGCACAAAAUUUAAUUUGAAAAUUCCAUAAAAUUACGAAUUGAAAACUAGUUUUAAAGUGAAUUCCAUCAGAAAGUGGUACCGGGAGCGGUGUAUAUCUCAAGGAAUGCUGGACAUGUUGGUCCGACUGUUCACUCGCCCUGCAGGAUGCUGUCGUUGGGUUUAUGACUUGUAAUCAUCAGCUCAGGGUCUGGGGGUAAUCCUUAUGAUGGGGGAGGUGACAGGGAGACAAAACAGCGACUCACAGGGAGAGAGAAAAGAAAAAAAAAAAACAACUAAAGAGGAUGGACAGAUGCCGGUCAUUAUACUGCACACACAAGCCAUAACAGAAACCAAGAGCUCUCUGGAGGGGGGGGGGGGUUAGGAUGGGAAGGGGGGGAUCAGAGCGAGGCAGGAAAAGAGGGCGAGCCCGAGGAAGCCCAGGAAACAAAACCUUUAGCCUCUGUGCUUACGUUGCAUGUCAAACAAACAACAAUGACCUAAAAAACAUUUUUUUGGUGGUGAAGAUGAUAUAAGGUGUCUUUAAAAAAAUAUAUAUCUGUAUGAUAAACCUACAGGGGGUCGGGAGCCUGGGGAUCAAUUUGUAAAAUGUGUGUAUUUUUUUCAGUUGUAUUUUUGAUUUUUUUACGAUAUCUAUUUAUUUUUCUUUAGGUAUGUAUUGGAUAAGCGUAUGUACAUGUUCUGUUCAUUCUUGACUUCUUUUGAACUCGUUUUCAAAAGUAAAAAUAUGAGACAUUGAAAAUGGUCAUUCAAAUAUGCUACUGUAUGUGUACAUUUUGAGAACAAAUUGUGCAAUGAUUUAUCAGAUUUCCAUGAUUAAAGUGAUAGUUAUACAAAUUGAAAAUAUCAUCUGGAAAAAUAAACAAUAUUGAUGAUGAUUAAAAUGGUGAUGUAAAAGAAAAAAAAAAUAAAGCAACCCAGGUGGAUUUGCUGAUCAUCGCAAA